GGCAAACUUGUCUUCCAAGUUCCAAGUUUAGUUCUAAAAUGGCGAUGUCAUUGUUGUCAACAAUGUACAGAAACAAUUUGUUAUAGCAUAAAGAAUUUAGUAAAAUGAGAAACUGUUGAAAAUAACUUGAGGAAUUGGAUUAAUUUUGGAUAGUAUAUGAAAAAUGAACGGACUAAGUUUCAGUGAACUGUGUUGCCUAUUCUGUUGUCCACCUUGUCCUAGCAGGAUAGCAGCUAAACUAGCUUUUUUACCACCUGAACCUACAUAUGAAUUCAUGUCCGAUGAGAAUGGGAAAUGCAGUUUUGCAUUAACUGAACGGGCGGAAUGGCAAUUUUCAGAAAGAGAAAAAGAGAAUGUAGAAGUGUUUUUCACAAGAACAAACAGGGGAAAUCGAAUUGCAUGUUUAUUUGUUAGAUGCAGUAGUACAGCCCGGUUCACAAUAUUAUUUUCACAUGGUAAUGCAGUGGAUUUGGGACAAAUGAGUAGUUUUUACUUGGGAUUAGGAUCCCGUAUCAAUUGUAAUAUAUUUAGUUAUGAUUAUUCUGGUUAUGGUGUAAGUGCUGGAAAACCAUCAGAGAAAAAUCUGUAUGCAGACAUUGAUGCUGCAUGGCAAGCACUGAGAACAAGAUAUGGCAUCAGCCCUGAGAACAUUAUUUUGUAUGGCCAAAGUAUUGGCACUGUACCAACUGUGGAUUUAGCUGCUAGAUAUGAAGUUGGGGCUGUGAUACUGCAUUCUCCUCUCAUGUCAGGAAUGCGAGUUGCCUUUCCAAAUACAAAAAGGACAUGGUUUUUUGAUGCCUUCCCCAGUAUUGAUAAAGUUCCAAAAGUUAUGUCUCCAACACUGAUUAUUCAUGGUACUGAAGAUGAGGUGAUAGACUUCUCUCAUGGACUGACAAUAUUUGAAAAAUGCCCUAAAGCUGUGGAACCACUUUGGGUGGAGGGUGCUGGUCAUAAUGAUGUGGAGCUGUACACAGUCUAUCUGGAAAGGCUUAGGCAAUUUGUGAUGGUAGAACUAGAUAACUGACAAAUACUAGCAGGUGAAGAUGUCACAUUUAGUUCAGGUACAUCAAGUUCAGUUGGUGAAAAACUGCUCUAGCCAGCACCAGCAGGACCGGCUAUCAAAGACAUUUCAACAAUUAUGAAGCCGAUUUCCUGUGUUCAAAUUACCACAAAUUUACCAUUAUUGACAAUUUGCCGCAGUGUUCCGCCAGUGUGUCUCACGGCAUGCCACUGUAUACUGCUGGAGACCACUUGCUAGCUCCUAUGCAUUUUCUACUGUAUGUAUAUAAUUGUUGAUCGUGACUUUUAUGAAUCGUGAAUGAAUAUCUGAAGACAAUCUUUCAAAGUGAUGCAAUAUUUAUAGUCUUAAUUAAUGGAAACUUAAGAUUUCUUGUGUUCUCAUUUUAUUUAUUAAUUAUUUAUUGAAUUUACAAAAAAUGGAAAUUUUAUAUCUGUCAAUAUUUCAGUGAUUUGGUUUAUUCAAUAUUUUACUUAUUUUUUAUAUUUA